UUCUUCCAGAGAUAUUGUAUUCAUUUCUAAUGUAUUCGAACUCAUUUUGUGGUAUUCGAAUAUGUACUCCGGCUGUAUUAAAAUACUAUUCGAUUAUGUAUUCGAUUCUCCCAACACUAAUCUAGCCAGCCUACAAUGUUUUUUUUCAUUCUACAAGGUUUCGAUGAUAAGUUCAUUAUCAGAGUUAGUUCAAUAUUAUUGGUGUCGGUUCGGUAUCAAUCUUCAACUGACUGCGUUGUGAUUGAUGUUGACUCAUAAGCUGACAUUGUUAUAAUCUUGCAGGAUUGACCUAACCAAACAUGGAACAGACAGCACUGCUCUCAUUGCCUGUUGAAAUCAUUCACCACAUCAGCAGAUUCUUGUCAGUUGAAGAUGUCUUAUCCUGCUCUCUUACUUGCCACUACUUGAGAUCUGCUCUCAACAACAACGCAGUGUGGAAGAGAUAUCUGCCAGAGCAGGACUUGACAUGCCUGGAAACUCUGGAGCAACAUGUACAGCCAACCUUCCAGCUGGAGCAGACACUUACACCUCUCUGUGACAACCGGAUACACUUCAUGAGGAAAACUCACCUCCUCAACAACUGGAGAGAGGGCAAUUUUGUGGAGUGUAGUAAAACCACAGACUUCACUUAUGCUAGUGGUGGAGGGCAAGGCCCUAGAGGACAAGGGCAGUUAAUUUAUAAAGACAGAUAUUUGUUCCUCAGUCGUUUUGUAAAUGACAUACAAAGUGAUGCCAUUGAAAUUUGGGAGAUCGUGCAAGAUCUGAUUUUGUUUACUUCAAUUGAAAUUGAUGAUGUGAAUUAUGACAGUUUUUUUAUAAUUGGUACAAAGUUAGUUGUUGUAAAGUGUAUUAAAGUUGAUGUAUAUGAAAUAACGAUUCCGGAUAAAACAUUUCCUCUUAUUUACUCUUUUAUAAUCACUGAUGAAAACGUAGUAUACAAUGAAAAGUGUCAUCACACAGGCCGCUGUGAUGACAGAUGUGUUGGUUGGUCACAUUAUGCUGCUGGCCAGUACCUGCUUUCUAAUAAAUGUGGUCAUGUAACACAUGAGUGUAUUCUACAUGUUUGGAAUAUUUUAAGUGCUGCAAAAUCUGGAAGUUUUAUUUCACCGAAAGAUGGUUUUUCGAUUGAUCUUCAUAGUUUUGUGGGAAAUGAACUGAUUUUGAAACAAUGUGUACAGUGUUCUUCUGUCCAGUAUUAUUUACGUUUCGACAUAAAAAAUAAAAUUUUCUCUGAUACAAUAUUUGAAUACAAAGGAUAUGUAGACCAUAUGAUUUUUCUUAAGUCUCGUGUUAUCGUGUUCCAUGAUACUGACGAUAGUGAUACAGAAGAUUUGCAUGAUUUACUUUGUAUAGUAUACAACUUCUUCACAUUCGCAGAAAUAAAAAGAAGACGUUUUAAGAAUGCUAUGAAAAAUAAUUGGUUAAAUUCCAUAAAGGAUUGAGCUAUCGAAUGAUGGUACCAGCAGGACUGCUUUCACUGCCAAUUGAACUAAUUCACCACCUCAGCAGCUUCCUCUCGGUAGAAGAUGUUUUAUCCUGCUCACUGACAUGUCACUACCUGAGAUCUGCCCUCAACGAUAAUACGGUGUGGAGGAGAUAUCUGCCAGAGCAAGAUUUGAAUCACUUGGAAUCUUUAAAACAACAUGUACAACCAACCUUUAAAUCGGAACAAACACUUACAAGUCUUUGUGACAGUAGGAUACUCUUCAUGAAAAAAACUUGUCUCCUGAAUAACUGGAGAGAAGGCCAUGUCGUGGAGUACAGUGCAAAGACAUCUUUUAGAUAUGUCAAUAUUCGAAAUAGAGCUCUAAAAGGAAGAGGACAAUUAAUUUAUCAGGAUAGAUAUUUAUUUUUGGGCCGUUAUAUAAAUGAUUUUGAUAGUGAUGGAAUUGAAGUGUGGGACAUAGAUAAAGUUCCAGUUUUACACUCUUUAAUUGAAAUAACAAAUAUUAAGUAUAAGAGUUUUCACUUAGUUGGUACUUCAUUAGUUGUGGUUGAAUGUGUCGUAGUUAAUGUGUAUAAGAUAACCAUUCCAGAAAAAAAGUAUCCGUUUUCAUUUUCUUUUUUGAUUACUGAAGAAAAUGUAUCAUUCAAUCAGCCAUACCAGCACAUAGGCCACAAUAAAAGAUGUGUUGGUUGGACACACUGGACUGUAGACCAAUAUUUAGUCUCCCACAAAUGUGGGGGAAACGUUAUUCAUAUAUGGGAUAUUGUGAAGGCUUGCAAAAUAGGUUCAUUCCGUUCACCAUUUGAUGGAUACUUCAUUACUGUGUAUUGUAAAAUAGAAGACAAUUGGUUCUUUAGACAAGAAACCCCAUUCACGUGUGAAAACUAUGUACUUAAGUUCAACAUUGAAAACAGAAGCUUUUCUAGUGAUAGUUUCAAGUAUGAGGGCUAUCCGCAACAUAUAGUUAUCUAUAACUCACAUGUUAUCUUGUUUACAAAUGCUGAUCAUAGUGAUUCAGAGGGUUGGUACGAUACAGUUUGUACAUUGCAUGACUUUAACACAUCUUCAGAACUCAAGAAAAGACGUUUCAACAAUGCCAACAAACAUUAUUUGUUAGAAUCCACCACUGUUGUUAAUGGAAAGUUUGUUAUGUUGUGUUUUGAUUGCUUCCAAAUAGUUGAUGCUUUGAGUCUGGAAACGGUAGAUCACUUCCAGUGUGAUAUAAACAUCAGAUUUAUUGUUCAUCAUUUCAAUGUGUUUGGAUCAGUGUUUGUUGUAACUAGCGACACGAAUCACAUUCUUGAAAUGUGGGACGUUGCCAAGAAAAGGAAAGUGCCCUUAGAAAUAAAAGCAGUGUAUUCUGAUCCAUUAUGUUCUGAUGGUACUUGUACGAAAUUAAUUUUUCUUGCCUAUUAUAAAAUAAACGUUUAUCACUUUUGGUAGAAAUUAAGAGUUUAUAUAUGCAUGUUUUUCAACCAGAGAAGAAGAUAGUUGAUUCUCUUUCUUCCACUCACAUGUCAUGUCAGUAUGUUUGCUUGUGUAAGAUUUCUCAUGAUUUACUUCUUUCUCACUUGUCUAAUUUUAAUAUUUCCUCCAAUUCAUCAAGAAUUAUUGCAGGCAGUUUUAAAUUAUAUUUCUUCCAGACUUUGUAUGAAAUAAAUGCUUAUUUGUAUAUUAUUUGUUAAACAAGUCUUAAUAAUAAUGUGGUAAUAAGAUUUUAUGUUCAUGAUAUAUGUGUAUUGGAUUGUUGUAAUUUAUUAAAUGUGCAGUAGUUAUAUGACUGGAUAUAUAUUAUGUAUAUUAAAUGUGAUUUUACUAGUAUGUAUUUUUGUAAACAAUUUCUUAGUUUAUGUAUAAACCAUUUAGACAGUUA